GGGGAAACGCUGCCCGCGGGGAGCCAGGCCGAGCACGGCCCGGCCGUGCUGAGGGGGGAAAAUGGCGGAGGGCGGCCCGCCCGCCGCCUCGGGCGGGCAGGCAGGUCGGAACCUGAAGGAGUGGCUGCGGGAGCAGUUUUGCGACCACCCCAUCGAGCACUGCGAGGACACCCGGCUGCACGACGCGGCCUACGUGGGGGACCUGCCCACCCUCAAGAGCUUGCUGCAAGAGGAGAGCUUCCAAAGCCGCAUCAACGAGAAGUCGGUGUGGUGCUGCGGCUGGCUGCCCUGCACACCGCUGCGCAUCGCCGCCACCGCCGGCCACGGCCCCUGCGUCGACUUCCUCCUCCGCAAAGGGGCCGAGAUCGACUUGGUGGACGUGAAAGGGCAGACCGCCCUCUACGUGGCCGUGGUCAACGGGCACCUGGAGUGUGCCAAGAUCCUCCUGGAAGCCGGGGCUGACCCCAACGGCAGCCGGCACCACCGCAGCACCCCCGUCUACCACGCGGCGCGCGUGGGCCGGGCAGACAUCCUGCGGGAGCUGAUCAGGUACGGCGCGGACGUGGAUGUGAAUCACCACCUUGCUUCCCGGGUGCCCAGCCUCUCCCUGCGGCCCCUCACCACGCUGGUGGUCUGCCCGCUGUACAUCAGCGCUGCCUACCACAACCUCCAGUGCUUUCGGCUGCUGCUCCAGGCUGGAGCCAACCCGGAUUUUAACUGCUGUGGGCCCAUCAACAUCCAGGGCUUCUCCCGGGGCUCCCCGGUGUGUGUGAUGGACGCUGUCCUGCGGCAUGGCUGCGAAGCAGCUUUCGUCCACCUCUUGAUUGACUUUGGAGCCGAUCUCAACCUGGUGAAAGUGGAGACCUUGGGAGUUGAAUCCACGGGAAGGGUCAAAGUGAACCCUGAGGCUUUGCAGGUGUUCAAAGAAGCAAGGGGCCGCACCCGGAGCCUCUUGUCUCUCUGCCGCAUAGCUGUGCGAAGAAUACUUGGCAAAUCUCGUCUGGAUCUGAUCCACGUCCUUCCAGUCCCAGACCCCAUUAAACAAUUUUUACUUCACGAACACAGUUAAAGGGCAACUGGCUGCUUUCCGAGACAGUUUGAUUUGGUAAAUGAGUGCGCUGUUAAAGCCAGGUGCCAAUCCUAACCCUUCCCCAACAGUGAAAUACUGUAUUGCUCAUGGAGUGCACAUAAUUCCCUGCCCCUGUGAUUUUCCCCCCCAAAUUUAGGGUGCAGUGAUUCUGUGUGUCAGUUCUUAAGCUACCGGCUGCCUGACUGGUGAUCUCUUGUUUGCAACUGGUUGGGCGAUGAGACCGAUAAGCGUGUGCGGCUGUUACAUGAGCAAAUACAAUAUAUCCUAUAGCUGUUAGCAUAUGUCUGUUUGUUAUGACUCUACCUCUGUUAUUGAUCUGUGUUACACACACCUUGGGUCUCAGCGGAACUUCUGUGUGGGGAAAGUGUCCGUACUUAAGCUUUUCCUUGUCCUGUAGGGUGCAAGGGAGUCUCUCCUCGCCUUGGUAAGGGUUUUACAACAACAGCGCUGUUUUCUUUCUGCUGUCAGUACCUGGCCUUUCUCUUCCUUACGAAGUUCGUGAUUGCUGCUGUAAAAGUGGGUGUGUUUUCUUCUGUCCUCUUCUGGUGUGAAAUGCACCGAGUUUCUUGUCCAGUGCUGUGCGUUACUUGGAAAAUUGUAUCCGUGUCUCUACGUGCUGCAAGGUAGCUGCUGACUUGGCUUUCUCCGUGUAGAGGCCCCAUCGCACAGAUGGGAGAGUAGCAGAAUAUGUAAUUCUAUCCUGUCUGAGUCAUUUCUGCAGAGCACCAGAUCUGUGGCAGCUUGGCUCUCCCUCCAGCACUGUAAUGGACGAGGCAGGGGCUGGCCGCUCCUCCUCCCGACUGCCUGGGACCGGGUCAAGUCUCGUGAGCGCUGCCGUAGCACGAAGGAGAAAACCUGGAGAGAAGAGGAAAAGGUAGCUCCACCUCUGGGAACUGAUAGCUACGCAGCCUGUUGGGGGGGACUGUGAUCCUGAUGGUUCCGUCGCCACCGCAGUGGUGGUGCGACAAGGACGACUGUGAUACUCAGGUGAAGCCAGCACGUGAACCUGAAAGAUUUCUAGGGUACUUUUUGGAAAAGCGAUGGCUAAAUGCAUCUUCUCUUCCCUGUAAAAUGGUUUUGAAUAUUUGAGAGUGAUCAGGAGCAACAAUGGAGGGGUUGCUGAAUUAAACUGCUGUGUUGCUGUGCCGGAUUUGCACAUUGAUGCAAUGCCUGUGAGUAGAUCUGUGUGGUAAUGAAGGAAAAGACACCAAAAUGGUCUCUAGACUGCGUGCUUGCAAUAUUGCAGUGAUUAUGAUGUUACUGGAAGCCCAGUAAAGUAGCAGACAACGCACAGUGCACAGAGAUAGAAGUUCCUACCUACCUUUUACUCCAUAUCCCUCAGUGCCAGUAUAACCAGAGAAAACCCUCCCAGACCCACUUAACGGGUCUUUUUGUUUGCAUAGUGCUUCUACCAGCAUUGUGGAGAAGGGAGAAGAAAGGACUUUUUGUGUUUUCUUGAAGAGUCGGGAGAUAAUGUGCUUCUAAAUGCAGUGUUGCAUCCACCAGCCUGAGCUCCUUUGAUUUCCAGUGCCUCUAUGUUGCCGUUUACCUUCAUGUCACAAGCUCACAGAAGAGUGUCAUUCUGCAGUUUCAUUGGGAUCUCAGGGUCAGCCAGCUCCUUAAAGGUAGUGACAUAGUCAUUGUAUAGGAAACACUGUCAAAACAGCAACUUUAGAAGGACAGAGGUGACGAUCCCUCAGGAUCUUGGGUAAAAACUCAGAUGGUAACUGGCACUUGCUUUUACUUUACUGAUUCAAGUUCUUCCUAGUCCCCGUGUUCUAAGUCGAUUUUUUGGACAAUUUGUCUUUGCCAGAUGUUCUUCCCAUGCUCAUGCAGUUAACAAGGGUAUUUUUUUCCAGAUGUGAUCCUAAAGAUGUUGGGGAUUUAUGUAUUGUAUGGUAUUAGUGCCUAGGGACCUGUUGUUGAGAGCUGAGUUAAGCAUGGGAUGGCAAGGACAGUAAGACAGUCCCUCCUGGGAAUGGGAUCUAGCUCUGGUCGCUCUUCUCGUUGACGGGGAAGUGGGGUUGUUUAAGCUACCCUGCAUUUCAGUUUUGAGUGCCUUUGGCCGACAGCCCUGGCUAUCCUGCCACUAUAGGAGCAGAUCCUCAAGGCUGCCCCGUAGACUUGCCCCGUAGGUCUUGACACUAGUUACAAAAUCUUCUUUUUCCAGAGGCAUAAACGAAUGAAAAACCGCAGUUCAGUUUCUGGUCCUCCCGUUAUGGGAUGUGUUUAGGGUGGAGUUCGAUAAGCAACAGUGGACUUGCUUGUGUGCUUUGUUAUCUGCUGAAGAACACGUGCCUUUCCAAGAUGCUUUCAGGGAAGGAGGAAGGGCAGGAAAAAACGCAGUUCCUGAUUGUUUCCUGCUAUUUCAGCUCCAUGGCUGUGCCUGGAAGGUCCAGCUGGCCCCUUACAUUGCUCUACUCACUGAUUUUAGGAUAAGGUGGCAAAAUUUGCACUGCUGACAACAGGCUAAAGUGUGGUGGUUAUACUCAGUGCUCAGAUACCAAAGCAAAGGAUACUUUCAAAACCCUCAUCAGGUGAGAUCAAAUGGCAAGGAUACGUAGCUGUAGGCGUGUUUUCAAGGUGAGAAGGCAGCAGUUUUGCACUGUUUCCUUUUCAAGCUUGCAGAUGGUUUAGGUUUUCACUGUGCUGGAGGCCAGGGCAGCCCAUGAGCAUGUUGCCUGAGAGUUGUGCGCUUGCUUUAUAGAAGUGUUAACAUGCCUGAAAGAUGCAAACAGGUUGUAAAGCCUCUUGUCACCUUGCUGGUGGAACCAUAAUGUUUUGCAGGAGCACGGGCCGAACAUACACUCUAGCUCCAGUGUGUAGAGGCAGAAAACGAGGUAGGUUGUCUUGAGAAAAUGCCAUGGCAACAGCUUCUUCGGGUCGACUUUUUUUCCUCUUGGUUUUUACUUGUUCAUACAGUUUUGCAAAUCGGUCACCCGUUGGUGCCUUUUGGGCGAAGGUGGUAGGAUGGAUGGGGAGGGCACAUGCUCAUCUGGGGAGGGCUGGCUCCACCUGGGAUGAGCUACAGUGAAGUGCCACAGUGUGAAUGAUGGAGGGUGGCCCCAGGAAAUUCAGAGAAUUUAGUCGUUAACUCGGUGUCCGAUGUAACUCGAGUGGAUAGUUAAAGCUAAGCCUCUGCAGAUGACCCGUUGCGGUUUUAAUUAGAGAUGCUUCUGUAUUUGGUUUGUUGACUGGUGUGCCCUUGCCUGAGACUGUCCUACAGCGUGCUUCUGGAUAGCCAGCAGUGGCACCCUGACCAGCCUAGCAGCUCUGCUCCCUCCCAGCACCCUAACUCCCUCCCAUGCGAGUGAAACUGCAAAGAACACCCUCUUCCCAUGUCAGUACCUGGUACUGAUACAAAUCCUUUGCAGGUCCCACUGGUGAGCUCAAGCCAUGCUGGGAGUGGGGACUUUGGCUUCUGUGUGUAUGGGUAGGGAAGGACUGUGUGAGUUUUCAAAUCCAACCAAUGUGGAGUCCAAAGGAUUCCCCUGACCAUGGAUAUCUGCAGCCCCCGACCCACCUGUCAAAGGAUGGUUCUCCCAAGCCAAUAGCAAACGAGCUUGAAGUUCAUCAGUCACUCGGACAUUUGCAGAACCAAAGCUUCAACGUGCAGGAGGGAUUUUGCCUGGAUUACCCCUCCAACUUCCAUCUUAACUGAGGGACUGUGCCUCCUGCAAAGGUCUCAGUGUUAAACCUGAGUGCUCUUUCUUUUGGCUUGAGGGCUGGAAGGGAGUCAGGGGGACAACUCACAUAAUAUUAAGCUGUAAGCGCAGAGAGAACCGUUAGAUUAAGUCCCUGUGUACAUUGAUUGCUGAGUCUACAUAAACCUGGCUUUGCAUAAGUGAAGUGGUUUAAUACGCAGACUUAGAAGAUCUGGAAUUUUCAUUGUAGAGGGAUAAUAAUGAAUCUCAAAAUAGAUUCAUGGUAUCCAUAGACCUUGGUGUCCUGUCCUGUAGGGCCAGAACCUAUAUCCCCUGGCUGUCCCUGUCCUUUUUAAACCCCAGAAACAAUGGUCUUCCAAUAUGAAAUCCCAGUAAUACAUGCAUAUUCUAUAUCUUCACACUAUAUAAACAGCAUUUAUUUUUUGCCUUAACUCUGACUUCACCAUUUUCUCCUAUGUAGCAGAACAUUCUCUUUUGUAAAUGUAUUCUUUUCUAUGUUGUUUCUGGGGCAUGCUCAGAUAACAUGAGUAACAAAUGAGUACUGUGAAAUCAUGGGUGGGAAAUUAAACUUUUCUGCAGUAUAUAUCCCCUAUAUCGAAGGAUGCCUAUUAUAUUUGUAAAUAAUAUAUAAAGCGUAUGUUGUGUGGCCUUGCUGUAAACUUGGGUGGGGUAACAAGAUUUGGAAAACAGUUAAAGAACCAAAACAGACCUGGAAUAAGCAAAGCAGAUCCAAAGCAGUCUUUUUCAUGUAGGCUUUCUUCUUGUCUUUGCUGCUAUGGGGGGAUUUCCAGAGCAUGAAAUCCUGGUAGCUGCUACCCAAAUAUAAUUUCCUGCUUUUGGGGAGUUUUGCAAAAAGCAGAGGAGCAGCAUCUGGUGGGUUGAAGUGGUGGUGUUUUUUUUUUGGUUUUUUUUUUUUUUUUUUUUUUUUUUUUGUUUUGUUUUGUUUUGUUUUUUUUGUUGUUGGUUGGUUGUUUUUUUUUCUUCCCCAUCCCCCAAAAAUCAAGCAAAGCACUUUUUAUACCAAAACGAGCCUUUGAGGGACAGCAGCUUUUUAACCCUUUCCCGUUCCAGUGAAGAAAGCAGCGUAAAGAACCUACCCAGGACAGAACAGAGGUGACGGAGUCCCACCUCAAGAGGUGCUAAUCAGUGCUCUGUUUUUUUUUUUUUUUUUGCCCAGGGUAAAAUGAGUGUGUGUAGCAGCAAGAUUAGAUCGGAGAGCGGGAGGGAGGUACCUGUGGUGGGCCUGGAUCCGUGCGCAGCAGAAUAAAGAUGUACCGUGGUACAAGA